UUCCGGAACGAAAACUAAAAUGUCAAACAAAGAAAUUGUAAAAUUGUGAAUUUGCGUCUUUUACACGAUUUUCCGUGUAUUUCCUCCAUCCAAUUAUAGUUUUUCUGUCUAAAAGGGAUCUGGCAUCCUACGUAACCAUGUCUGAGAGACUAAGGAGUACGAAUCAGUACUCUAACGAGGAGAUAAUCGAUGACCUCACAAAGGAUUUGAAGAAUUCCUUAGCCACAGAAGAUCAUACCGAAGCCUUCGUCAUUGACCCGGAGUCGAAGGCAGAAGACUUUCCUUCGUGCUCGGGAGAUGCCCCUCAACAGCCAAAAACCACAGACAUUCCAGCAAAAGACACAAAUUUGGACGAUGAUUGUGAAGACCGUGAUAAGGCUGAGAGUGAUUCAGAUUCCAUAGACGAAGUAUCACUCAAGGAUGCAGAAGUCGACCUGACCGAUGACCAGAAGGCGGAGAGGAAGAUCAUUGCUGAGGAGUUGAAGACAGUUGGCAACGACGCGUUCAAAUUUGGAGACUAUGAAAGGAGUAUAGAGAAAUAUACAGAAGGUCUAAGGAUCUGCCCGCUACAAUUUAGUCAGCAACGGUCAGUGUUAUAUUGCAACCGGAGCGCUGCCAAGAUGAAACUCGAGAAGUAUGCAGCGGCUGUCAAAGAUUGUACCAAAGCCAUUGAGCUGGAUGACAAAUAUCUGAAGGCGUACAUCAGGCGGGCCCAAUCGUACGAAGCGACAGACAAACUGGACGAAAGCUUAGCAGACUUCAAAAAGAUAUUAGAACUGGACCCGUCACAUAAGGAGGCGCAGAAAGCACUCGUGCGCUUGCCGCCAAUGAUCGAAGAGAAAAACGAAAAAUUAAAAACAGAAAUGUUAGGCAAACUCAAAGACCUAGGCAACAUGAUUCUCAAACCUUUCGGGCUGUCCACGGAGAACUUCCAGCUAGAACAAGACCCGAACACAAAGGGAUAUAAGAUUAAUUUCAAGCAAUAAUUGUUUUUAUACAUGUUGUAAUAAAAUAAUGGUGCUAAUUCCUGUAAACACCAUCUA